CGCCCCUCGGCCGGCCCCGCCCUGCCCGGUGCGAGGCGCCGCCCGCCGCCGCCGCCCCGUUAAGAGCCGCCCGCGCGGCGCAGGGCCGCCCCACCAUGCCGCUGCCCGCGCCGCUCCUCCGCCUGUGCCUCUGCGCGGCUGCUGCCGCCGCCUGUUCCUUCUCCCUCCGCGGCGACCACCGCCUGGCCGGGCUGUUCCCGCUGCACUCCGCGGCGCGCCGGGACGACGCCAGCCUGCUCGUGCGCGGCUGCGAUGACGCCGCCUUCAAGAGCCACGGCUACUGCCUGUCCCAGGCCCUGCGCUUCGCUGUGGAGGAGAUCAACAACUCCACCACGCUGCUCCCUAAUGUCACCCUGGGCUACGAAAUCUAUGACACCUGCUCUGAGUCUACCAACCUCCACGCCACGCUGUGUGCCCUCGCUCGUAAAGGCACGCAGGAGGUCCAGGUGCUCCCCAGUUUCCAACACUAUGAACCCCAGGCUGUGGCCGUCAUUGGCCCUGACAGCACCCAGCUAGCCCUCACCACGGCUGCUGUUCUCAGUCUCUUUCUUGUACCAGAGGUAAGUGCAGCUUCUAUGGUUGAUGAAAACCAGGGAUCCCAAGCAGUGAUGGUUUCAGGGAGGAUGAGCUCAGACCUGAGGAGCCUGGUAGAGCUGGAAGUGCAGCCCCUCUGUGUGUGCUGUCACAUGAUCUUUCCCAGGCAGUCAGUGGGCUGGCUUGCCAUCCAUCACAACUUUCUUCUGCUUCAGCAUGCUUGGCACUGGGUCAACUGCCUGCCCAACUCCAAGUCUUCCCAGGACAGGCUGGCGGUGCCAUUAGCUCUCAGGGGGGCAGCGCAUCCCCCUUUCCCCUGGCUCUCAUUGCAGAUCAGCUACGAAGCCUCCACGGAGUUGCUGAGCCUGAAGCGGCUGUACCCCUCUUUCCUGCGCACCAUCCCCAGUGACAGGCAGCAGGUGAAGGCCAUCUUCUUGCUGCUGCAGCACUUUGGCUGGACCUGGGUGGUGCUGCUGGGCAGCGACAAUGCCUAUGGCAGGGCUGGCCUGGAUGCCCUGCAGGAGCUGCUGACCGCAAGCAACGUGUGCGUGGCCUACCGAGGCACCAUCCCCGCCAACUCCGAUGCUAGCAACCCAGAGCUCCACAACCUGGUCCGAAUCCUCACAGAUGUUAAGGUCAACGUCACUGUCGUGUUCUCCACCAGAGGAAGCGUUCUGCCGUUCUUCAAGGUGGUGGUCCAGAGGAACAUCACGGACAUGGUAUGGGUGGCCUCUGAAGACUGGUCGUUGGCUCAGACUAUCUGGCAGGUACCUGGCAUCCAGACCAUCGGUACGGUGUUUGGGAUGGCAGUAGAGAAGCCAGAGCCCACGAUGCUGGAACGCUUUGAAGCUUGGAAGAUGUGGGAGGAAGGUGCUGUGGCUGAGUGUGCCAGCAGUGCAGAGGCAGGCAGGGAAUCGGUGGGGGACGCGCGGCUGGACUGCACCCAGCGCUGCACCGGCUGCCGUGCGCUCGCCACUGUCCCCGACAUGUACGACGCUCAAGGCUCCUUCAGCGUGUACUCGGCCGUGUACGCCGUGGCCCAUGGCCUCCAUGACCUGCUGGGCUGUGCCUCGGGGGCCUGCAGCAAAGGCACUGUCUAUCCCUGGCAGGUAAGAGCAACCUUGUGGAAGAAGAUCCAUGAGGAUCCCUUCCCACGGGGAAGGAUUCUUUCCGUUGUGUCCAAAGGUUUUCUGCCUUUCCCAAAGGCUCAAAUCCCAGCUGAAGACCCUUGUGGGCUUCAGCUGCCCCUCACAGUCAGAGCAGCCAUGACCCUCUUACAAAAGAUUAGGCAAGUAAACUUCACCCUGUACAACAGCCGAAUCUCUUUCGAUGCCCACGGGGACAUUCAUAAAGGCUAUGACAUUGUCAUGUGGAAGUGGCUGGGCCCAAACUGGGCUUCUGAUAUGAUAGGAACCUUCCGUGUGAACCCUGACAGGCUGAGCAUCGACCCAGGCAAAAUCCUGUGGCACACAGAAAAUGGCCAGGCUCCCAGCUCUGUGUGCUCUGAGGCCUGUAAGCCAGGAGAAAUGAGGCUGCAGCAGAGCCGCCACAAAUGCUGCUUCAGCUGCGUGGCCUGUCCACCAGGAACCUUCCUGAACACAUCGGCCCAGGCCAUGGAUUUUGGGAGAGUCUACAGGGCCAAUUUUAGGUGGGAGGGUCUUUGGGAAAAGAGCCCCCUCUGCUACCCCGAGCCUGGGAGCGCCUGCAGGAAGGAGCAGGCACGAUGGGUGAGCAGAGCCCAGGGAGCAGUGGGCGGGUCUGCACCGCGGAGAGCUCUUACCGGGUCCGAGGUGUGUGAGGGGUCCAUGUCCUCCACAGACCCCUCUGACUGCCAGGCCUGCGGCUUGGAUGAGUGGGCCCCAGCAGGGAGCGAGGUCUGCUUCAACCGCACCAUCGAGUUCCUGUCCUGGUCCGAGCCCCUCUCCUUGGCGCUGCUGGCCCUGGCUGUUCUUCUCAUGCUGCUCAUAGCGGCGCUGGCUGUCCUGUUCGCCCUCAAUACCUCCACGCCUGUGGUCAAGUCCGCGGGCGGGAAGACGUGUUUCCUCAUGCUGGGCUCCCUGGCCUGCACCUGCAGCAGCCUCUUCUGCUACUUCGGGGAGCCCUCGCAGGCGGCGUGCCUGCUGCGGGUGCCGCUCUUCGCCAUCAGCUUCACCGUGUUCCUCUCGUGCGUGGCGACCCGCUCCUUCCAGAUCCUCUGCAUCUUCAAGCUGAACGCGCGCUGCCCUGCGCUCUACGAGGCCUGGAUGCGGCGCCAGGGGCCGGUGCUGUUCGUGGCCGCCAGCACGGCGGCGCAAGUGGCGCUGUGCGUGCUCACCGAGGCCGCCAGCCCCUCGGUGCCGCGCCGGGAGUACGGCGUGCGGGACGAGUGGGUGGUGCUGGAGUGCGCCCAGAGCGCCGCGGCCGACGCCGCCAUCGCCUACACGGUGCUGCUCAGCGCCGCCUGCUUCGCGCUCAGCUACGCGGGCACGGACCUGCCCGCCGCCUACAACGAGGCCAAGAGCCUGACCGUGAGCCUGCUGCUACACCUGGGCUGCUCGGCCGCCGUGCUCUGCUCGCAGGGCGCGCUGCGCGGCCGGGCCGAGACGGCGGCGCGGGUGCUCAGCACGCUGGGCACGCUGGCGGCACUGCUGGGCGGGUACUUCGUGCCGCGGGCCUUCGUCAUCCUGCUGCGGCCGCACCAAAACACGGCCGAACACUUCCAGAUGGCCAUCCAGGAGUACACGCGCCGCCUGGCCGCCGCCUGAGCCGCGGGGCUCGACCCGCACCGAGCUUACCCCGCCGCGGGGACCGACCCUCGGUCCCGGCCCUCCCAGCGUCACUGCCGGCGCCCGCUGACGCCACGUCCGG